AUGAACUUCUUAGUAUGGAACUGUCGAGGGCUUGGGAACCCUCGCACAGUUCGAGAACUUCGCCUCAUGGUGAAGGAGAAGGACCCAAGGGUGAUAUUUUUGUCUGAAACAAAGAGUAGAAGAACCAAGGUCGAAACAGUGAGGAACAGAUUGGGUUUUGAGUGCAGUUUUGUAGUAGACAGCAUAGGAAGAAGUGGUGGUUUAGUCAUGAUGUGGAAACAGGAGGUGUGUGUAGAAUUACAUACCUUUUCGAAUAAUCAUAUUUCACUAACGAUAACAGUGGAGGAAGGGGCCAUCCCUUGGAGGGUUACUGGCUUCUAUGGCAACCCGGUGGUAGAAAAAAGGAGAGAGAGUUGGGAACUUCUAAAACUACUCAAACCUGUGAAUAAUGGCCCAUGGCUGUGCAUGGGGGAUUUCAAUGAGAUACUUUGUAACGAGGAGAAAGAAGGAGCUGCUUCUAGACCUUUCUCUCAGAUGGAAAGAUUUAGAGAAGCUUUAUAUGAAUGUGACUUAGUAGACCUGGGUUACAUUGGAGCAAAGUACACAUGGAGCAAUAAGAGGGAAGGAAGAGCUUUUACUAAAGAAAGGUUAGAUAGAGGUUUUGGUAAUAGCUCAUGGAUCCAACCUUUUGAGAACUGUUAUAACUAUGUUCUUCCGACCAUAACUUCUGACCAUGCACCUCUAUUAAUCUCUUGCUGCAAUUUUGAGGAUCCAACAACAACCAAAAGGAAGAUCUUCAGGUAUGAAGCCUCAUGGGGGAAAAAACCAGAUUGUAAGAAGAUUAUCCAAGAUGCUUGGAACCAAGGCAGGAGGGGUACUGGGAGCAUGGACAAGAUUAAGGCCAGUUUGAGAAAGCAGACAAACACUAUCAGAAGAAUUUCCGAUGAGAGGGGCAAUAUGGUCAGCAGCAAGGAAGGAAUCAAUAGCCUUUUCCAAGAGUACUUCAAGGACAUUUUCAGUACAUCCAACCCAAGCUGUAUAGCAGAAGCAAUUGACAACUUACAGCCCAUCAUUACAGAGGAAAUGAAUGGUACUCUCAGGAAAGCAUUCACUGUAAAGGAGAUCAAAGAUGCAGUUUUUGAUAUAAAUCCUUUAAGCGCACCAGGCCCUGAUGGCUUCUCAGCUGGAACAGGGUUCAGGUCCAUUAAUGACACUUUCAUUGUUUUGAUCCCCAAGAAGAACCCCAUCCAUGUAACUGAAUAUCGCCCAAUCAGCCUAUGCAAUGUAAUCUACAAAGUAGUCUCAAAAGUACUUGCAAAUAGACUGAAACAGCUACUACCAGACAUCAUUAGUCCAGCUCAAAGUGCCUUUGUACCCGGUAGAUUGAUCUCAGACAACAUCACAGUGGCUUAUGAAGCCAUGCACUCCAUGAAACAUAGGAUGAGGGGGAAAAAGGAAGGCUACAUGGCACUAAAACUGGACAUGAGCAAGGCUUAUGACAGGAUCGAAUGGGCUUUUAUAGAAGCAGUCCUUGUGAAAAUUGGCUUUGAGAAGGAGUGGAUCAUGCUCAUCAUGCAGUGUGUGACCACCGUCCAAUACUCCAUCUUGAUAAAUGGGAGCCCUCAAAAGGUUUUUAACCCAUCUAGAGGCUUAAGACAAGGGGAUCCUAUCUCCCCUUAUCUAUUCCUCAUAUGCACUGAAGUACUGGGAAACAUCCUUGACAAAGCUGAGGGGAAGGGACUUAUUACAGGUUUCCCUUUUGCAAAAGGGUCAUUACUAAUCAACCAUCUCUUUUUUGCAGAUGAUAGUCUAUUGUUUUGUAAAGCAAAUGUGCUCGAGUGCUGCAGACUUUUAAGACUCCUCAAGUUGUAUGAGACAGCCUCAGGACAAAGGCUAAAUCUGGGCAAAACUACACUAUUUUUUAGUAGCAACACACUAGAAGACAUUAAGGAAGCAAUACUCCACUCAGUUGGUCUAAGGGAAGCAAGAAGCUACGAGAAGUACUUGGGGUUACCAUCUUAUGUGGGCAAGCACAAAAAGGCAACCUUUCGACCAAUCCUAGAAAGUAUAAGAUCAAGGAUGCAAAACUGGACAAUUAAAUUUCUGUCACAAGCUGGAAAAGAGGUGCUACUAAAGGCAAUUGUUCAAGCAAUUCCCACCUACUGCAUGAGCAUUUUCAAGCUCCCAAAAAGUAUCCUGAAUGACAUUAACAGGCUAAUGCAACAAUUCUGGUGGGCCUUAUUGGCUAAACAGGGAUGGAGGAUUUUGCAGCAGCCCAAUAGCCUUGCAGCUCGAGUACUAAAAGCCAAGUACUUUCACAAAUCCAACUUUAUGCAAGGGAAGUUAGGGAGCAACCCCUCAUACUUGUGGAGGAGUUUUCUGGCAGCUAGACCCAUCCUUAUGAAAGGUCUUUUUUGGAACAUUGGCAAUGGAGAGAAAGUGAAGAUAUGGCAUGACAAAUGGAUCCCAAAACCCAGCUCCUUUAAAGUACAAUCAACUUGUAGGGGAAUGGGGGAAAGUGCUUUGGUGAGUGAACUCAUUGACAAGCAAAGCUGUUCAUGGAAGACUGGUUUAAUUCAUGAGAUGUUUGAGACUGAGGAGGCCAACAUGAUCUGUAGAAUUCCACUUAGUAUUACCAAUGCUUCUGACAAAUUAGUGUGGAGGGGCUCUAAGGAUGGCCUUUUUUCAGUCAAGAGUGCAUAUUACCUCCUGAAUGAAGUCGAUGGUAGGGAACUGGGACAAACUUCUAGAAGCAUGCAGGAACAGUCCAUAUGGUCAAAAAUAUGGAAGCUAAAAGUCCCAAAUGCCACUAAAAUGCUGCUGUGGAGGGCCAGCCUCGAGUCUCUUCCAACAAAGAGGAACCUAUUCAAAAGGAAAAUUAUAGAUUCACCUCUAUGUCCCGUGUGCCUCAGUGAGGAAGAAACUGUAACUCAUGCCCUUGGGUCCUACAAAUCAGCACAAGAUGUGUGGGGUGUGGGGCCUAGAAGACUACAGAAACUUCAAACUCUAGAGUCCCCUUUCUCUGAAGUUGUGUCACUAGUUUUUGAGGCCAUGGAUGAGGAAACCACCUAUGAGUUUGCAGCUAUUGCUUGCCAAGUCUGGAAAAGAAGGAACCACUUGAUCUUUGAGGAUAGUUUUGCCACCCCAGAAUCAGUGGUUAAGGGGGCAAGGCAGUCAGUAGCUAAUUUUCAAGAAGCCAACCGGGUCAGACAUGGAGGUUCCCUUAGAACCAAUCAACCUGCAGCUCAGUGGUCUGCCCCACCACUCCACACAUACAAAGCCAAUUGGGACGCGACAGUGGACAGGGUAAAUUGCAAGAUUGGUAUAGGGGUAGUGAUCAGAGAUUCGCAGGGAAGGAUCUAUGCAAGCCUAAAGUCUCCUAAAGACUCUUUUCCUAAUGCUCAUUUGGCUGAAUCCUUAGCAGCACUAAGAGCAGUCACAUUUUGUAAGAGGCUCAGUUUGGCAAGAGUAAUACUGGAAGGGGAUGCACAACAGGUGGUGAAAGCAAUUCAAGACUGUAAUGACACUGGGAACAGCGCAGGAGUAGUUAUUAGAGACAUCAAGCAGUUACUGACUAAGCAGCAAAGCUAG